CUGCAAAAUCGUUGAUCUGCCAAAUAAACUUUAACUUUAUAUAAAAUUACACUAAACUUGUUUUAAAAAUAUGGAAAAUGAAAAUUAUAAACUACUGAAUUUGAUCUCAAAAAAUUCCAACGUAUCUAAAGAAGACUUAGUUAAGUUGCUAAAAUUAGUAGAGCAAACAUCAAAGGAAGAUUUGCUAAAACUUUGUCAAAAUAUUAAACUUGAUUUAUUAUUUAAUCAUAUCAAUGAAACAUCUGAUAUAGACGAUAGAACCCAAAUUAUCCAAGAUAUCUUAAAAGGGUUCCUGACCAAAAUUGAUAAGAAUUUGUUGAUUUAUGAAAAUAUAAUAUGUGAUGGCAUAAAUGCAAAGGUUUCAUGGAUUAGAAAACUCUAUUUAGAUUAUAUAAAUGUUUUGAGUAUAACUGAAGAUCAGAGCAUUCAAUUAUAUAGCUAUGACAAAUUAAUGAAAACACUUAUUAAAACAUUAGAGGAUGAUGAUACAGAUAUAGCUCAACUUACUUUAGAAAUUUUUAAAAAUUUAUUUCAGUCUCCUGAUAAUUUGAAAGUCUUUAAUUCUCUUACAAAUACACCAUUAUUGGAAUAUAUCAUUAGAUUAAUGGAUAAUGGCAAUACUAAUAUUAAAUUGCGUGGUUAUGAAUUAAUUAUACAGAUGGCUAAGAUAUCAACACAGACUUUAAAUGAUUGUGAAUCUAAAAAUUUAAUAAUGCCUCUUAUAGAAUGUUUGCCUGGGUGUAUACCUCUUAAAAAUAUUAAGGAUAAUCAUGAUGUUUUGACUCAAGCAACUGUUUUAGAAUUGAUAGGAGAUUUAUUUGCAAAAAAAUCAGAAGUGUGUGGAAUAGUUAUCAAAUAUUUAGAUAAUAAAAAUAUAUUUAACAAAUUGUUAAAUUAUGUAUUUGAAAAUAAAAUGUUGAUAUAUCCAACAGAUAAUAUAAAUCAAAAUAUUAUAAUAGAUAUUGAUUUAUCAUUAAAAUUUUUAAUACUACCAGGAAUAAUGAGAUUUUUUGCAAAGGCUUUAGAUUGUGUACCAGAAUAUUAUGAGAAAUGGGAAAUUUUAUUUAAUGCGGUUUUCAGUGAAUUAUCAAGCAAUGAAAAUAACUCUUUAAAUGGUGAUGAUGAGAAUUGUAUUACCAUUGCAGCAUGUUUAGAUUUCUUAUACAAUAUAACUCCAAAUCGAAGAAUCAAAGAAAAUUUAAUUCAAAACAUGUUGUUCCCAAAUGCUCUUAAAACAAUAGUCAAAAUAUAUAUGGGUGCAAUAGGGACCAGUUUUCUAAGAAUAAGAGCUAUCAAUACAUUAGCUAAUUUAUUAAAAAGUGAACCUAAAAAAGACAUAGUUGAUGGCCAAACAGAUCAUAAUAUGAUACCCUUUAAUUGGUAUCACAUAAUAUUAAAAUAUGCUAACGAAUUCGGUUCUGCUGAGCAAAGCUUAUCACAGUUGGAAUCGGCAGUAUUUUACAAUCGCGUUUUAGUCAUGGUAGCAUCACCUAUUGACGAAGAAAGGGUAGCCAUCCUAGAACUUUUGCUAGCAAUCGCUAAAUCAUUGCCAUGGGGCCCGAUUGCCUUAAUUUCUCAGUCGCCUCCUCAAAUAACGGCGUAUUUAUUGUACAGAGGUGGUAUUUCUCCAAAAAAUAAUAACCCUAGUUUAAACCUUAAUAUAAAUUUGAACAAGAAGGACAAGGAAUUAAAAUAUGAGAUACUCCAAAGUGUUGCUAGUGACCGCGAUUUUUACAAAAAGUUUCCGGGCCCCUUGGCCAUUAAAAUCAAAACAUUUAUGAAAGAGGGACCAUAUUACAUUGAAACAAUCUCUCAAAGUCAAACAGCUGAAACUAUUAGUUUUUAAAGGAAAAAAAGUGAAGUAAUUUUAUUACAAUAUAUUCAACUCUUUUCAACAUGCUCAAUAAAUCGAUAUUAUUUUUAAAAUAUAUACAAAAUCAACGUUAUAUUUUUUGCGCUAUAAUGUUAAAAUUAUAAAAUCAAAAUAAAAUUGACUAUUCAUUA